AUGCUGCCUGGGGACCUGACGGUGACGGAGCACGCCCUCGACGUGCCCCUAGACCACGCUGACCCCGUCGCCGGAAAAAUCCAGCUCUUUGUGCGGGAGGUCCGCGCCGCCAGCACGAGGGACCAAGAGCUUCCGUAUCUGCUCUACCUACAAGGGGGUCCUGGCCACCCAGCCGGCCGCCUCAGCGUUCCGGCGAGCGGUUGGCUGCCUCUCGCGCUGCGCAAGUACCGCGUCCUCCUCCUCGACCAGCGUGGCACCGGCCGCUCCUCGCCGGUAACCAUCGAGAGCCUGGCGGCGCUGGGAACGCCCGAGAAGCAAGCGGCGCUGCUAGCGCACUUCCGAGCAGACUCCAUCGUGCGCGACUGCGAGAUUGUGCGGCAGCGCAUCGCUGUCGGCCGCAAGCUCACGCUGCUGGGGCAGUCGUUCGGUGGGUUCUGCAUCCUCACCUACCUCUCGUUGGCGCCGCACGGGGUGGAGCGCGCUCUGUUCACCUUUGGGCUGGCACCUGUGCUGCGAACCGCUGAGGAGGUAUAUCGACACACCUUUCAACGGAUGGAGUACCGCAACCUCAGAUUCUACUCGCGAUACCCCGCCGACAUUGAGACGGUGCGUCAGAUCGUGGCGCUCCUUCACGCCUCGCCCGCUCCGCUGCCGCGGGGCGGGACGCUCACGCCGCGACGCUUCCUCAUGCUCGGCCUGAUGCUCGGGCAAGCCUCUGGCCUAGAGACGCUGCACAACCUCCUCGAGCAGGCGCGGCCAGCCUCAGGGCCAGUACGCACGCUGUCGCAAAAUUGGCUACUGGCCGUCGAGGCUGCGCAGCAGGGGUUCGAGACAAACCCACUCUACUACCUGCUGCACGAGCCAAUCUACUGCGACGGCCCGGGCGUCUCCUCGCGCUGGGCGGCAGAGCGCGUACAGGCGUCCCUCGGCCCGGCGUGGGACUACACGACGAGGCUGGAGGCCGGCGCCGAGCCGGUGCUCCUGACUGGCGAGAUGGUCUUCUCGUGGAUGGCGGACGACUAUGCGUGGCUGAGGCCGCUGAAGGGCGCGGCCAACUUGCUCGCCGCCAAGGAGGACUGGGGGCACGUGUAUAACCGCUCCGCCCUCGCGUCGGGCACGAGUCCGGUGGCGGCGCUGGUUGCGUAUGACGAUGUCUACGUGGAGCGCACCUUCUCAGAGGAGACAGCAGAACUUCUUGGCGGCUUCCCGCGCGUCCGUUUGUGGGUGAGCAACUACUUUCAGCACUCUGGCAUCUCGGACCACCCCGACGCCUUUCUCAAGCUGGACGAGAUGGGGCGGUGGGACGAGCCGCAGCUGGUGUGA